AUGGACCAAAGGCUACUACAAGCGUCAAUGAGCCUCAAGCAGAUCCCGAUCCGGACUCUGCUUAUGGAGUUUUGGAGUGACAUUCGAAAACGCAAGGGUCUAUUGGCUGCUGUUCUUGCCGCAUACUUUCUCCUCCAACGAUCUCUGCGUUACCAAAGACUCCAGCGCCUGCAGAAAGUAUACCGCAAGUACACAACGCGGGAAGAGAUGGCCUCGAUGACGGACCAUGACGCAUGGGAAAUCCAAAAAGGGAUGCUGGUGAUGGAGUUCCCAUCGGCCUCGCUCAAGGCAUUGCAAUUCGCUUUGUUUAGGACCUACGGCAUUCCUACAAUAUCCACCCUCCUCCUCAAAACUUCCCAAUUUUCGAACCCAGCGACGUCCUUCAAGCGGUACGCCGAUACAGGUGCCCUAAUCGGUCAGUUCAUGGCAUUCAAGCCGUCGUCCGAACGUGCGCAGACAGCUAUAGCACGCACCAAGUUCCUGCAUGUUGGGUACCGGAGCAGCGGAAAGAUCCUUGAAGCUGACAUGCUCUAUACUCUGAGCUUAUUUGCGCUCGAGCCAAUCCGUUUUAUUGCCAUGUUUGAGUGGCGGUCGCUUAGUGAACUUGAACAAUGUGCCAUCGGCACAUACUGGAAGAGUCUUGGUGACGCUCUUGAAAUCAGCUUUGCGGAUCUGCCGUCAGGACCGCAUGGAUUCCGCGACGGGCUGCAUUUUCUGGAGGAGCUGCGGGCGUGGAGUCUCAAGUAUGAGGAAAGCUUUAUGAAGCCGAGCCCGUCGAAUAAAGAGGUUGCGGACAAGACAAUGGACGUACUUGUUUAUACCCUGCCGCAGUUCUUGAAGCCGGUGGGCAUCAACUUUGCGUCUUGCAUGAUGGAUGACCGAUUGCGACAGGCGAUGAUGUAUCAACCGCCUUCCGCCGUGUACAAAACGAUUUUCUCCUCCCUGGUGGCCAUUCGCAAGUUCUACUUGCGCUACCUUGCUCUUCCCCGACCGAACUUUCAAGGAAUCGACAUCUUCACCGACGAGCCAAACGAGUAUGGGCGGUACUACGUGAACGUCUACGAGGCGAUUCCAUACUAUGUGAAGCCAACGGUUUGGAACCGCUGGGGUCCUGGUGCAUGGGUUAGCUGGGCGAUGGGGAUGCCGCUCCCAGGCGACGAGGACGACAAAUACUAUCCUCGAGGUUUCGAACUGGAAGACCUAGGCCCAAAGUACUUCGAAGGCAAAGGCCGCAAAUCAGUAGCCAAGAUUCGCGAGCUGCUGAAGAAGGAGCGACGGGGGCAAGCGCCCUUUGUCCCUGAGCUGCCCAGCGUGGAGGACGCGAAGUAUGAGGUUGUUAACCCUGACCUUUAUGAGGCGUAG